GUUCUGUUUGGGCAUGUGCAGCUACCUAAGACUGAUAGACUCUGGGCGGAGGCCAUGCACUGGGCCUGCGAGGCACUCAAUCACACGGCUUGUUCUGCUAACCCCGACUCCAAAUCGCCGUAUGAAAUGUGGUAUGGGGAAGCUCGUCCUGCUAGACCGUAUCCGUUUUUGAAGCCAGCGUACUGUAAAUGGCAGCGACCGUCUAAGCUGCUACCGAAGGGUGAGAGUUGCUUUUAUGUUGGUCCUUCGAGAGACCACCCACGUGAUUGUCAUAGAGUACUCACCAGAGCUGGGACUAUUCAGGAAACGAGGAACGUAACGUGGGAAGCGUUGCCGUCACAGCUCCCUCCACCGCAACCUCCGCUGCCGAUAGAGGUCGCAGAGGAGGAAGGGGAGGAAAGUGACGACGAUGUAGAAGCUGAGGGAGGGCAGGAAACGGGGGAAGUAGAGUCCGAAGAUCCGGGAGAGCAUGUUGAAGUAGAGUCGGAGGAUCCGGGAGGGCAUGAAAAAGAGUCUAUGGAUCAAGGAGGGCAAGAUACAGAGUCGGCGGGGCCGGGAGGGCAGGAAGUAGAGGCGGAGGCAUCUCCUCCAGCCGCUUGCCGUCCGCAGCAUGUCGUUGACCUUGCUGAUUUUAAUACUGGUGAUGCAGUAGAAUUGCCGAAAGAGCUCAUUCAGGACGUAGAGCCAGAGCCUGGUAGCUAUCAAGAAGCUCUGCGAUCGAAGCAUGCCACGAUUUGGGAUAAAGCCAUGUCUGCAGAAGUUGAAGGCUUGAUACGAGCAGGAACGUUCACGUUAGCAGCAAAAAUCCCAGAAGGUUGUAACGUGAUUGAUGCUAGAUGGGUUUUCAAAUGGAAAGCAGACGAAACAGGAAAGAUAGUAAAGGCCAAGGCUAGGCUUGUAGCGAAGGGCUUCAAGCAGAAGCAUGGGGUGGACUAUCUUGAGACUUUCUCGCCUACUGCAAAUGCUGCAUCGAUUCGAUUGGUAGUAGCAUUGGCGUGCAAGUAUAACUUGGAAUUACUCCACUUAGACAUCGAGCAAGCCUUUUUUCAGUCGAAAUUGGAUCACGAGGUGUUAAUGAAGUUGCCUCCUGGCUGUGAUUCGAUGUCAGGAAAAAUUGUCCGUUUGAACAAGAGUUUGUACGGUUUGAAGCAAGCAUCUAGAACAUUUUACAAGAGGCUCGUGUCGGACCUGCUUCGGAUAGGUUUCGAGCAGUCUCUGUCUGAUCCCUGUGUCCUGCGUUUCAUGAUGGGAGACGAGGUGAUGGGUAUAAUCGCGAUUCAUGUGGAUGACAUUCUGUAUGCAGGAACGAAGAGGCUUGCCGAGGUGAUUGUAGAGGCACUAGGUGACUCUCUUCCUACGAAGAAUUUGGGAGAAGUCAGAUUCUUUCUUGGUUGCGCAUUUAGUCGCGACCGCGAGGCUGGCACGAUUGAGAUUUCUCAAGAGAGUUACAUCAGGAGUGUUCUAGAGAGAUUCAAUAUUUGUCGCACCAGCUCGAUCCCCGCUUCCCCUGCCAACGAUAGCAGGUCCGUGAUGGAGGAUGAGGAGGCAGGAGAUGUGCCGUUCAGGGAAGUGGUGGGAUGCCUGAUGUGGAUCGCCAACAAUACGAGGCCAGAAACUUCGAACGCUGUGCGGACGGUGGCGAGACACUCUCACGAGCCCAAGAAGAGUGACUGGAAGGCAGCCCAGAAGAUUUUGAGUUAUCUUAAGGAAACGGCACAUCUAACUCUGAAGUACAAGCAGGACACUACGGUAGACGUAGGCACGUUAGUGUACGUAGACGCUGACUUUGCCAGCAAGGCCACUGACCGUAGAUCAGUUUCUGGAGCAUUAGUUCUUGUAGCUGGCUGUCUUGUGUCUUGGUUUUCUUGGACGCAGAAAUGUGUCUCACUGUCAACUUCUGAAGCAGAGUAUAUUGCGAUGGGUGACGGUGUUAAGGAGGCUCUCUUUGUGAACGGGAUGCUUCAGCUCUUGAGACCUAGUGCGAAGCCUCGGAAAAUUGACGUCUUUGAGGACAACGAAGGAGCGAUUGCGCUUGCAGAGAAUCCGCUUAGCUCGAGUAGGAGUAAGCACAUUGACGUGAGGCACCACUUCCUUAGGAAUUUGACGGAGGAGGGCGUGAUCGAAGUCACCCAUGUCCCAAGCAAGGAGCAGCAUGCUGACAUCCUCACAAAGGCUCUACCGAGAAACCUUUUUUAAGUUCACCGUGACUUUGUCCUUGGCUCAGUAGCUGAGAAGUAGAGAUCUGAGUUAGUUUCUGAUUUUGUAUUAUUAGGUCUGGUCGAGACGACAGCCCCAAGGGAGGGUGUUUGUGAAUUGUGGCUGUAGUAUCGAAUGUAUGACGUGUAUUGCGGUGUAGUAGGUGAUACUUGGUAUUGUAACGAAACGUAACACAAAGGCUCCCCUGAGCAUUUCGGAACACACUGGACACCUCACAGCCACCGAUAUAUCCUCCGCUCCUGCGCUCUCUCGAGGGCCGCUGCAUCGUCCUCGCAGCGCCGGGGUCAGCAAGUGACGCCUGCCGUCCCCCGACGCCACUAGUCCGGCGGCGCGCGGGGGGACGACAAGGAGAAUCG